AUGGCGCCUUCCAUACACCCCCCGUGCACACCAUCGGCGUCUUGCGUCCCUGUACGAUGCCAUCCUUCAAUACCGCCGUGUAAAAAUCCUGAAAAAUGUCUAAAAAAAACUAUUUCGAAAGGCGUAAGACCAUGCCAGAGUGCCGUAUCCAUUAUGGCGACGAGAUCCAAGACCAAAUGUAGCAGCUGCGGUAAAUUUAAAGGGGCUGCUAAUCCGAGAAGCGUUCCAUCUGUUCAAAAAUUCUUGAAACGCAAAUCCAAAGAAUCAAAAAUGAGGAAACAGGACAGGUUAACAGGAAGCAAUAGUUAUACAAAAUAUAAGAGAAGGCAGGGCAAGCGUCGUUCAUCGACAGAUUGCUGUGCUGCUGUAUAUUCCACAAAAGGUAUAAAGCCGUGCGUAUCCGCGCCAACAUGCAGCGCGCACAGACACAGGCCGCGGCCGGCUCCUUGCCCGGACCCUGAUAAAUGUUACAAGAAGUGCAUUAAGAAAAAGAGUAAGUGUCCGAGUGCAAUGGAAACCAUCACAAGACCUGGCUCGCCUUGCGAUUGCGCUAGAGUACAAUCUAAAGAUUCUAGGGUUACAAAGAAACGAGGCUUUAAAACUCACAGAAAACGAUUACGCAAGGCUUAUAAAAGAAAUUCAAUGGAAUCUCGAUGGCGCAAGAGAAGAAAAUGCUGUGUUAUUUUAUAG